CGUCUCCCGCACUCGGAGUCCACCGCCCGCGCGACACGCGGAGAGAGAAGCGCGUCCAUGGGUCUCCUCAUCCUCCUCCACCUCCUCCACCUCCUCCUCCACCACCACCUCGUCCUCCUCCUCCUCCUCCUCGCGCCGCUCACCAUUAACGGGACUCCACGGCCAGACUCGGCGCUCACCGUGACGCUGAACGUGUCAUCGUCAUCAUCACCGCUGCUGCGCGUGCGUGGCGAGCCGCUGGAAGUGACGUGCACGGUGACGAGCAUCAACCCCAUCGUGCUGCUCCACUGGAACUUCUCGGGGAACGCGGAGCUGGUGCUCGGCCGCCAGGAGCGGCGCUACGACCACGUGGGCGUGCUGCACGUGACGCAGAGCGUGCACGUGGAGGCCGUGGGGCCGCGCCACGCGGGGCGCUACGCGUGCCGGGCCUCGAACCGAGCCGGAGGGGCCGACUCCAGCGCCGUCGAGUUGAUCGUGCUGGACCAUGGGUUCGUGCGCAUCUCCCCCGCAUCGCGCGACGUUCGCGCGGACGAGGGCGACGCGGCGGAGCUGUCCGUGACCAUCGACGCGUACCCCCCGCCGCGGCUUGCCACGUGGUCCGGGCCUCGUCAUGCCGACGAGGCCGCGGGGGCGGCGCUGGUGGGGGGCAUCGGCGGGCUGUGGGGUGCGGGCGAGGGCAGCGGCGGGGGCAGUGGCGGGGAGGCGGCGGAGGCCACGUGGAGCCCGGUGCUGGAGCACCUGGGGGACAACAGGUACCGCAGCGUGCUCUCGCUGGCUGGGGUUUCCCGCCUUCUCUCGGGUUGGUUCCGCGUGGACGUGCACAACUCGGACAGCGCGGGCUCGGCGAGCGUCGCGCUCCACGUGAGCGCUCCCCCCCAGAUCGACUCCCUGUUGGCGAGCCCGGACAGCGCGCGACGCACUUGCACGGCGACUGCGCUGCCGCGAGCACGUGUCACGUGGCUCCUGUGUCCCGGCACACGCAACAGUUGCAGCGGCAGUAACGACACGCGGGAACUGGAGGCCGGCAACGGAACGACGAUCCGCGAACGCGAGGCCGGGGAGGCCCAGGGCGACGGGCCGCUGGGGGUCACGGUCGUCAGCGAGUUGACCUUGACCCCCGACCUUUGGGGUCACGCGGGGGUCAUCGGGGGGGCGGAGGGGGCCGGGGGGCCGGAGGGACGCGCGGACGUGGGCGGCGAUGGAGAGGGGACGGGGGGGGAGCCGGGGUCCGGCGGGGGGAUUACGGGGGACGUGCUGGGGGUGCCGCUGGGGUCAGGGUUCACGGUGGAGUGCGUCGCCUCGAACCGCUUGGGGAGCAGCUCCAGAGUUCACUUCACCUCGCCCUACUUCCUGCGGAGGGGUAGAGACCCGGUGCAGGGCCGCACGCUCAGCGUGUCGCUGAGCUCCCUGCUGGCGGUGUCGCUGCUCGCCGCGGCGCUGCUCUCCUCCACGCUCUUCUUCCUGCACAACGCCCGCGGGAGGCCGCGCUAUGAGCUGCGCUGGAAGAUCGUGGACGCUGCGGCGAGCGAGGGCGGCCGCUACUGCUACAUCGACCCGGCCAGCCUCCCCUACAUCAGCUCCGCCUGGGAGUUCCCUCGCGAGCAGCUUCGCUUCGGCCGCACACUCGGCACCGGAGCGUUUGGGAAGGUGGUGGAGGCCACGGCGUUUGGGCUCCGGCCUGGCCACAACGCCCUGCGCGUCGCUGUCAAGAUGAUCAAACCGAGCGCGCACGCCACAGAGAAGGAGGCGCUGCUCUCCGAACUCAAGAUCCUGAGCCACCUGGGGUCCCACCUCAACAUCGUCAAUCUCCUGGGGGCGUGCACCGAGAGAGAACCCGUGCUCGUUAUGACCGAGUACUGUUGCCAUGGUGACCUCCUCAACUUCCUCAUUGCCAAGCGUGCUCAUUACCGGGCAUGUGACCCCCCCCUCCCCCACCACUACGCCAACCUCACCUACAGCGACACGUCUCUGGGGGGCGCAUGGCCGCCGGACCCCCACGGAGAGGGGUCCCUGGGGACCACCCCGGGGGGGGGCCAGGGGGGGCUGUGGGAGGAGGGGGGCCCCCAGGAGGAGAGGGAUCUGCUCCCCCUGCUCCCCCACGACCUCCACAGCUGUGCCCUGCAGGUGGCACGCGGCAUGGCAUUCCUGGCGGCCCGCUGCUGUAUCCACCGCGACUUGGCGGCGCGCAACGUCCUCGUGACGCACGGCCGCAUGCUCAAGAUCUGUGACUUCGGCCUGGCCAGGGACGUGUCCACCGACUCCAACUACGUGCUCAAGGGCAACGCUCGCCUCCCCGUGAAAUGGAUGGCCCCAGAGAGCCUCUUCCAGGGCGUGUUCACGGCCCAGAGCGACGUCUGGUCCUACGGGGUCCUCCUCUGGGAGAUCUUCUCUCUCGGCUGCACCCCCUACCCGGGUCUCCCCGUCAACUCCAAGUUUUACUCCAUGCUGAAGCAGGGACACCGCAUGUCCGCUCCCCCGCACAGCUGCCCGGACAUGUACUCGCUCAUGCUGUGCUGUUGGCGCGAGGGGCCCAGCUCCCGGCCUUCCUUCCCGCAGCUCUGCGACCUCCUCCCCACCACCCCCCCACGGCGCUCUCCGAGCGCCUCCUCGGCCCGCGACCCCUACGUCAACUCCCGCGCGCCCCCCCCCACCGGGCCCCCCACGAGCCCCCCCACUGCCGAGGUGCAGAUCGUGUGGGAGGGGGGCCUGGGCGCCUCCUCCUCCUCCACCCACCCCUCGGCUCAGACGCCGCUGCUGGGGGGCGGGGGCCAGAGGGGCGGGGGAGGGGGCUCGCACGGACAGGGCUAA